UCUGAUGUCAAACCCUGUGAGAGUUGUUGACGCACAUUUCUGAGCGUCAAAAGACAGGAAAAACUGGUUUGAAGGCAUUCUCUCCUCUAAGUUUCAGUCUUCUCUUUCCUGAUAAGAACAUGCAUUUCAGCUCUGGCCGCUCUUAGGUGAUAAUGGAGAGCUAUAGAAGAGAUUCACCAGUAAGACUGCGCACUUUCAGGGACCUCCUGGAAUCACCACUGACCACUGAGGAAGGCCACAGACGAUUAACUGACGAUGAGGAUUCCAUUUCAAGUCAUGACACUGACAGAGAGUCUAACAGCUCGCCGCUGUGCACACUGGAUGAGUUACAAGAACAGCUGGCAGUGGAUGACAGCAGUGCAGUGGCUGAACAAUCGGACCCAAACGCGCCCCCGAGGUCCGAUCGGUCAUACUUAGAUGAAGCGUUACCGGAUCUGCUCCGGAGUGGAAGCCCACUUCGCAGACGAGUGUCCAGCCCGGUGUCUGCCACGCUGAAGCAUGUGAAAAGGGAAGUGGAAUUAUCUCGGAGGCGCAGUCUGAGGCUCAAGGCUCAGGUGGAUAGACUGGAACAGCAGAAUAAUAGCGGACCCGGCUGGAGUGAAAACAGACAACGGGUGGCAGAGGAGAUUCAGUCUGUUGUAAAGCUGCUACUCCCUCUGACAGACUUAGAGUCAACAGAAGCCGAUCAGCCGUCCCAGGCUAACCCUUUAGACAAGGCACUGCUUCAACUGCAGAAAGUGACCCGGAGUCUCGCCAUUAACCACACCUCUCAGGGAAAUAAGUCUGGGGAAGAUGCUGCCAUUUUACAGCAAGCUCUACGGGACAGAGAUGAAGCCAUUGCAAAGAAACAAGCAAUGGAGACUGAGCUACUGAAAAGCAAAAACGAACUAAUGACACUGAACAAUCAACUUCUGGAAGCUGUUCAGAGUCGACUAGAACUGUCCAUAGAGCUGGAGGCCUGGAAAGAUGACGUACAGACCAUUCUUCAUCACCAGCUCCUCAGACAGCAGCAGGAAGAACAGGCUCAGAAGAAGUCUAGAGGGUUCGGUGUUCUGCGGCGCUCAAAUAAGCCCCUUCCUCCCAAACCUGAUUGCUCCUCCCUGAUGCAUGCCUCUGUCCCGAUCCCCCAGUCUCCAUCACCUGCAGGAACACAGAGAUGGAAAGACAAGUUCAGACUCGGAAGAGUCAGCACACAAGAACCUGGCGAGUCUCAGCCACAAAGGAGCGACAAAGCGGACAAUUUUCAAACGGUUUCUUUGGACUGAUGAAGAUGUUUUGGUGUAAACUAUAUGGAUGAUCUCACAUAUUGAUUGUUCAAUGAUUUUGAUCAUAUUGCCUCACCACACUUUGGAUGUCAAUGCUAAGGAUGUAAAUAAUAUUAUGAAUAAUGUUUUGACACAUUUGAACUAUGUUCCUGGAUAUGCGUUUCACUGCAGAGGUGAUGUUUAUGUGACUGUUGUGCUGAGAAUCCUAAAAGGUUUUGUUGACCUGCAGUCAUGGACUUCCUAGUAAUAUAUUAAGAAAAGGGAAUAAAGGUGACAGAGAAACAACAAUAUACAAUUCAAGACUGAUUUAUAAAGGCUCUUUGGAAUAACCUAU